AUGGAGAUCCUCAGAAUGAUGCACCGGCAGGCCAGUAAACACCCCGGGCUCAUCCCUCAGUUCGUCUUCAUGUCUGUGGGUGUGUGUGGAGCGUCUCUCUAUCUGAUCCGGCUGGCGCGAGGACCACACGUCAGCUGGGACAGGAGGAAUAACCCAGAGCCAUGGAACAAACUCAGCCCGACCCAGCAGCUGAAGUUGGUGGCCGUCACCACAGACUAUGAGUGUCUGAAGAAGGAAGGACCUGACUUUUAAAAGACCUCCGAGGAGACACACACACACAC